AUGCCCCAGCACACUCCCCAUCAAGUUAACGCACCUGAUAACUCUGACUCGUCUGAAUAUGAAUCAGACUCUGGUCCUGGGUCUGUCGGCGCCUCGUCAAUUAGCCAGCCAUCGGCCUUGAAUGGUCGGAUGCCGCGACAUGAGGACAUGGAGAUCAUCCGGCGCUUACAACUCGAAAACCAAACGCUCAAGAACAAUAAUCGUGCUUUAGGCGAGACGAAUAAGACAUUAUCAGCAAAUCAACGGCGAUCGUCUUCGAGUACCCAAAUUCCAGAUGAGCUUAAAGCUUUUGACGCUGAACUUGCAACUUUUUCCCGCAAGUAUGGUAUCAUUGCAGAGAUGUUCCCACCCACGCACCGCAUCCUCAAACUUCCUGUGCCAAAGCCUCCACCUGCCAUCCUAUCUGGGAGCCGCUAUGCAACCAAGAGCGCAGAAGAACUCUGUCUUAUAACAGAGCUAUACUCGCUUCUCCCAGAUCAUCUCCAUCGCUUUGUACCGACUACUCAUUUCCAAUCGUUGCUGGGACAACAUCUUCAAGGUGGUCGCUCAAGUGAGAUUGGCAAGUUGCGAGUGAUGGCAGGGCGUAUUUUUGGCCUUGAUUCUUCCUACUUCGACACCAGUUUUACGAAGCGAGAUACAAUCCCCGACAUCCAGAACUGCUUGGUCAACCACCUUCGAAGUUUCCACCCGUCCUUUUUACGAGGCAAGAAAUGGACCCAACGAUGUCAACAGUUUUCGCCGCGCGCUAAGUGUAAUGCUCGGAAGUGGGGCAUAACAUCAUGCACCCCCGGUCUUCUUGCCUGGGGCUGGGUCGCGUUGAUUUUUAUUCUGUCCUCGGACACUUCAUUCACUAAAGAUGGAGUUGGUGCAAGAUCUCGACUACCGUACGCAGCCAUGUUCACGGCCUACAAGCAACUAUGGGUCACACUUUGGGAAGAGCCCCGCAUUAUUUCAAUCCGUCAGAAAAUCGACACUCACGUCUGGCAGUCCUCAACCUCGAAUGUUGCAGCUUCAGAAGCCGAAGGCGAAGAUUUCACUUCUGACUUAAUGCGCUUAGCCCUUGCUAAUGCUGGCCGCAAAGAUUCAGAUUCUCCGACUAUCAAUGAAGAUCCCGCACCUCCCACAACCUCUACUUCACCAACAAUUGACACUCCAGUUGUCAUUGCGCCACCUGUCCCUCCCACUGUACAAGCUAUCACCCCUGCAACAUCACUGCAGGCCACUGAAACUAUCAUCAACCCAGUUCCCAUUUCCGCCGCUGUUCAACUUCCAGUCUCGCUCACAGGCAAUACCAAUGUGCCUAUAGUUGCUGUUACCACACCCACUGCACUUGUACCUGCCGCUGCUGUUACUGCGCUCGUUGUGCCUGCUGCAGCUGUUACUGCUGUUGUUUACUGA